CUCGGAUGACGUCAGAGAAAACAAAUGCACUUACGGAUAACACUUGGCCUAGUCUUCUAUAAGCAUAUCCUAUAUCAUGUUUACUCAUAGAACAAAAACUUGAAUGAAAGAAACACUCAAAUGGAGCAAGGUAUACGAAACUGCGGGAAAAUAUUGAAAACAAAAAGCUCACCGAAUGACGACGUGCUAGCAUGAAGAUGCCAACAGUCUGGGUCUCUGUGAUGUACACGUUACUUCAACUUGCUCAAUGUGAUUCGGAUAAGGAACGUAAUGCAGAAAACAAGAAAACAGCAGUUAAAGAAGCCUUGGAUUACGUCCAUAAAACAACGGCUAGUAGCUGUACUCCUGGCACUGGCAACAUGCUGGAGAUUGUUUUCAACUAUUCUUCAUUUCGCCAUAUCGUCGAACCAGGCAUUCAAACAUCAAACUACCUAUCUAUGAUUAUAUCCAUAGACAACAACUUCAACAGACUUGACGACAAUAUGUUCUACUCACUGGUACGCAGCAAUAUCCAUGGCGAGCACAUGCUCUAUGGGUCAUCUAUUGGUAUCAAGCCCGGCGUGUAUGACAAACACCAUAUGUUUUGUCCAUAUGCCUGUAAGCAGAAUAAUACUGUUGUCGCUUUCGACAUAGCAGAGAACUACGACUAUCGGUCGCCAAACAAUACAGUAUACUACGAUCUAAAAGUAAAGGAUUUUUCGAAGGUGCCGAUAAUAGAAGACAGAAUAACAUUCAAAUACUGAACUUGAAUUAUAUCUCGAAAUUUGGACUUGUUUUGUCGAGUGCUAAAAUUAUUAUCUGAAGAUACGUCACUGAAGAUACGUACGCAUUGACAAGACAUAAGUAUAGCAUUCGACAAUAUAAUUUGAGAGCUCAAGAUAAUAGGUUCAGCCCACAACAUCAAUAUAAUAAGUCGAGGUGUCAACAUAAGGCCCACUUUCCAUUAACAUGAUCUGCACGCGGAAACGUGCAUUUUUAUAUCUACAUUUUCGUAAUUUGACGUCAUCAAAGUAAUUUUAAGCUACAAGUAAACAUCGAUCGACUUUGUUUUGUCUGCGCAUGCUGAAUGCACACUCGACUUAUUAUCUCGAGCUUUCGACUUAAUAAGUUGUAAUGAAAAAUUGAAGAAUUGGAGUUUUAUCUGUUGACCAAGUUUCUGGGAAAUAUGAAAGUGUUGUAUACCAUUUGCUUUCAUGAAUCUGAAGACAAAACAGUAAUCACAAACCCCCCUCCCCACCCCCAACACUUUAAACUAUGUGCACAUCAUCACAACACUGAACGUGAACAUUGUACCGUCUACAGUUGGGCUGUUUAGUUCACAAGCUGAUCAAACAAGUGAACCGAAGCUAUAGAAAUGUCUUUAUUCGCUUAAACGUUCAUUUUCCUGGAAGCUUUUAUACAUCAUUAUGGUACACACGAGUAGACGGGGGAGGGGGAGGGGGUGGGGUGUGUGUGUGGGGGGGGGGGGGGUGAAUAAGAUUAUUGAUGAACAAUAAUGGCGCCGAUACGUUGUUUAAUAUGUAGAAUGCCCCAAACGUUUUGAAAUGUUCGGCUAUGUCCAGUCACAUGUUUUGUCAAUUACCCAUUCAACUCUUCAUUGUGCUGGCGGUUUUGUUUUGGAUUGUUGUUGUUUUUUGUGUGUUUUUUUGUUUGUCUGUUUGUGUUUGGUUGGUGUUUUUGUUGUUGUUGUUGUUGUUUUGGGGUUGUUGGUUUUUUGUUGUUGUUUGUUGGGGGUUUUGGGGUUGUUUGGGGGGGGGGGGGGGGGGGGGGGGGCGGUCUGGUACAAAAUGACGAGAGAAACAUCUGGAUAUUUGGUAUUAAUUCGAAAAUUCCAGUCAACAAUUCCAGAUUUUUCCAAAUUUCUAGAUAAUUGGUUACCCUGGUUUUACGAAGGAUCUUAGCGCUAAGAUGCUUUGUAAAACGGGGCCCAGGACCUCUACUAAUAAUAUAAGCAUCACAGGAAAUAAUAAUAUGGAGGCUAUUUAUCGCCUUUUCCCCACAGGCACUUGACACAGAUUAGUAAAAUUCAAAUUGUGGUGUAUAUCGGUAAAUUUUAUGUAUUUCAGUAAUAUUUUGCUUAUAUUCUCUUCAAGCAUGACCAAAAAAAAAAGAGUAAAGUUUAUUUUAUUUAACAUUGAUUUUUUAUCUUAUCAUCGGCUAAUGGACGUCAAACAUAUAGUCACCUCACUG